CAGGUACUGGAAAUUCAGCCUGGAGACUCGUGCAUGCAGGAAACUGGCGCAGCGGCUGUUCUGACUCUCACCGCCAGAGUAUCAGCAGAAAUAUCGCUCAAGACAGGCAGGAAACAGGAAUCCUCGCACGGUGGGGUUGCAGGCCAGAGGCAUUCUGCAGUCUGCAGGCUGGCGAGCGUGCGCUGCGCAGGCAAUCAUCGUUGCAUUGUGCGAGGAGCAGCGGGCGACGGUGGGCAGACGCAGGCCAACAACACGGCGGGCGGUGAUUCGCAGGCGGGCGGUACUGCUGUCACGUAA